CCAACAGACCUGGGAGCGUGCCUGGGGAGGAAGAGCUGAGCCUCGGGAUCUGGUUUCGACAUCGGUCUCUCAAGGCCUACAAGCCAAACGGUGGACCACUGAGCUGUAAGAACUACUUUAUCAGACACGCCUCCCGCUUCCUGCCCGCCUCAGCCUUCCUCACUGGUCUGUCCGGACUCAUUUGUUUUUCGAGUUUCCCGCGGGCACUAUCCCUUGAAGACGACCAACCACAGCCGAGUUUUGUCGGCCCGGCCAACCAGAGGCGAAGGGGAGAGAGCCCGGCCUGGCUGCUGGGAGAGGGUCGGGUUCUCCCGGCUCGGAGCAAAGGAAACGCGGUGGGGUGCGGAGGUGCACGGGCUCCUCCCAGCUCGUGUGGGUACUGUGGGGCAAUGGGCUGACCCUUUUGCAGGCCUCUCCAGGUGUCCGGGCCCAGCCUCGGCCACCAUGUCCCACCAGACCCCUCUGGGUUCCUCAGUGCCGCAAGUCAACUGCCUGGACCUGUGGAGGGCAGAGAAUGACCGGCUAGUUCGACAGGCCAAGGUGGCUCAGGACUCGGGUCUGUCUCUGAGGCGACAGCAGUUGGCUCAAGAUGCGCUGGAAGGGUUCAGGGGACUCCUCCAUAGUCUGCUGGUGCUGGAAACCCAGAAGCAGCUGGGGCCCAGGCUGGAAGGUAGACUCAUGGAGCUGUGGAAUUCUGUCCUUCACGUGUCCUCCCUUCCACCGGAGCUGCUCCCUGCCCUUCAUCACCUGGCUGGCCUGCAGGCUGCCCUCUGGUUAAGCACUGAUCGUCUUGGGGACCUGACCUUGCUGCUGCAGACUCUGAAUGGUAGCCAGAGUGAGGCCUCUGGGGAUCUGCUGCUCCUUCUAAAAACUUGGAACCCCCCUGCUAAGGCAUCAGAUGAUCCACUGACCCUGCAGGAUGCCCAGGGAUUGAGGGAUGUCCUUCUGACAGCAUCUGCCUUUCGCCAAGGCCUCCAGGAGCUGAUCACAGGGAGUCUGCCCAGGGCACUGAGCAGCCUGUAUGAAGCGGCCUCAGGUCUGUGCCCACGGCCUGUGUUGGUCCAGGUGUACACAGCACUGGGGACCUGUCUCCGAAAGAUGGGCAGUCCACAGAGAGCUCUGCUAUACUUGGUUGCAGCCCUGAAAGGGGAGUCGAUCUGUGGUCCCCCACUUCUGGAGGCCUCAAGGCUAUAUCGGCAACUGGGGAACACAGCGGCAGAGCUGGAGAGUCUGGAACUUCUGGUUGAGGCUUUGAAUGUCAUUCCCAGCUCUGAAGUCCCCCAUUUUCUUAUUGAGGUAGAGUUGCUACUCCCACGACCUGACCCAGCCUCACCCCUUCACUGUGGUACACCGAGCCAGGUCAAAUACCUGCUAGCAAGCCGAUGUCUACAGAUGGGAAGGGCAGAAGACGCUGUAGAGCAUUACUUGGACCUGCUGGCCCUGUUGCUGGAUGGCUCGGAGCCAAAGUUCUCCCCACCCACCUGCCCCCCAGGGCCCUGUAUGCCUGAGGUGUUCUUGGAGGCGGCAGCAGCACUGAUCCAGGCAGGCCGAGCUCAGGAUGCUUUGACAGUAUGUGAGGAGUUGCUGAGCCGCACAUCAUCUCUGCUUCCCAAGAUGCCCCAACCAUGGAAAGAUGCAAGAAAAGGGACCAAGGAGUCACCACAGUGCCCAUCCUGGGUCUCUGCCACCUACCUGCUUCAGGGCCAAGCCUGGGUGCAACUAGGAGACCAAAAACAGGCAAUUAGUGAAUUUAGCCGGUGCCUCGAGCUGCUCUUCCGGGACACACCUAAGGACAAAGAACAAGGGCCUGCUUCCAACUGUGAGCAGGGGUAUACGUCAGAUGUGGAGCUACAACAGCUUCGGGCAGCUGCCUUGAUUAGUCGUGGACUAGAAUGGGGGGCCAGUGGCCAGGAUACCAAAGCGCUACAGGACUUCCUCCUCAGUGUGCAGGUGUACCCAGGUAAUGGAGACGCUUCCUUUCAUCUGCUUCAGACUCUGAAGAGGCUGGAUCGGAGGGAUGAGGCUACUGCUCUUUGGCAGAAGCUAGAAGCCCAAGCUAAGCUGCCACAGGAGAAUGCUACAUGGUCUCUCCCCUUGUACCUUGAAACCUGUUUGAGCUGGAUUCGUCCUCCUGACCGUGAAGCCCUUCUUGAAGAGUUUGGUACAUCUCUGCAGGAGCCUUGUGACCUGUAGCUGCCAAGUUUUGAAGAGUCUGAGCUUGGGCCCCCAGUGGGCCAUCUUUCUAUGGGGAGGGCUUUCGAGAAGUUGGUGGUAUGCCUGCAAAAUUUUUUGGCCUAGUUACUGGCAUCUGGUUCCAGAGGACCCCCCCCCCCCACCCCCCAACCAAUAAGGCAUUGACUUUGCUCAUGGUACCUUUUUUUCCUGUUUCCCCUUUUCUUGUAUUGAGUAAAA